GGCGGCAGAGGCGGCGACCGCAGCCGGGUGGUAGUGGCUUGGCGAGGGACGGGCCGCUGCCCUCUCGGACAGCCGCGGCGGAAGAGAAAAAUGGCGGAGGCUUCGGCGGCCGGGGCGGGCGCAGGCGCCGCUGUCGCCGCGCACCGGUUUUUCUGCCACUUUUGCAAGGGCGAGGUCAGCCCCAAACUACCGGAAUAUAUUUGUCCCAGGUGUGAUUCUGGCUUUAUUGAAGAAGUGACAGAUGAUUCCAGUUUUUUAGGUGGUGGUGGCAGCCGGAUAGACAAUAGCACAUCAACACAUUUUGCAGAGCUCUGGGACCAUUUGGACCACGCGAUGUUUUUCCAAGAUUUUAGACCAUUUCUAAGUAGCAAUCCACUGGACCAAGAUAACAGAGCCAAUGAGAGGGGUCACCAAACUCACACUGACUUCUGGGGACCAAGUCGGCCUCCACGGCUGCCAAUGACUCGGAGAUACAGAUCUCGAGGAAGUACUCGUCCUGAUAGAUCCCCAGCUAUUGAAGGGAUAAUACAACAGAUCUUUGCAGGAUUCUUUGCAAAUUCGACAAUUCCUGGAUCCCCACACCCUUUUACCUGGAGCGGGAUGCUGCACUCCAACCCUGGGGACUAUGCCUGGGGUCAGACAGGGCUUGAUGCCAUUGUAACCCAGCUUUUAGGACAACUGGAAAACACAGGGCCUCCCCCAGCUGACAAGGAAAAGAUCACAUCUCUUCCAACAGUGACAGUAACUCAGGAACAAGUUGAUAUGGGUUUAGAGUGUCCAGUAUGCAAAGAAGAUUACACAGUUGAAGAGGAAGUGCGGCAGUUACCCUGCAACCACUUCUUCCACAGCAGUUGUAUUGUGCCGUGGUUAGAGCUGCAUGACACGUGUCCUGUAUGUAGGAAGAGCUUAAAUGGUGAGGACUCUACUCGGCAAACCCAGAGCUCUGAGGCCUCUGCAAGCAACAGAUUUAGCAGUGACAGCCAGCUACAUGACCGAUGGACUUUCUGAAGCUAAGGACUGCAUCUGAGCCAGGGCUGUGGUAGUCUUUUUACCACAGCUGUAAAUUGUAUCAAAACAAAAGCUAGUAGGUGGAUUUAGGAAUCGCAUAAGAAAUCCCAACCCGUAAUAUUAAUGCAAUGAGCGUUUUUCUUCUCUAAAUUUAAAGUUAGUAUCUACAGAUGGAAUUGUAUCUACAACAAAAUGCCUCUUAUUCCUGAAUUCAGAGUGAUAACUUUAAAAGUAUGACACUUAAUUAUGUGGGUUUCCCCCCACCAGAAUAGAAUCAGUUGCUUAAAGUCUAGCUAGGGCCCUGCUAUCUGUCAUGUUACCUUGUAAUUCAUGUUUCCACCUCCUUCUCCAACCUCGACCCUACCAUUAGUGUAUUUUACAGUAAAUACAGUGGAACCGGAGCCCUAAAGUCCUGCUGAUAUAAAGUUCUUCUGUUUUAAUUGUACAAAAGCAUCUACUCUUGGCCACAUUAGCCAUGAAGUAAGGUCAGAUUAAUUCAGAAAUCUGAGAGUAAUGAUUUUGUUUUGUCUUGAAUCCUCAGAGAGCAAAUCAAAGAAAAAUUACAGUUGGAAGGAGAAAGAGGCUUAUUAUUAUAGUAUUUGUUUUUUUUAUUUUAAUUUUUAAAGACUACUUUACAAGAUGCAGUUUCCACAGAAACCAGCAUGACAUGUCUUAGGAGUUUUAUGUUAGUAGGAAUCCAGUUCUGGUUCCUUUUUGGGAAUGAGUUGGGCAGCAUACAGGUACAGAAGGACAGAUGUUUGAAAUCUUUGGUUCUGAGGGUUUUUGAUGAUCCCCAACUCAUUGUUUACUAUCUUUUGUCCUGGGGACCUUAUAAUAAAGUCCUUCACAGAAAUAGAAUUACUUCAUUACUGUUUCUACAGCCAAUUCACUGUUUUAAGUAAUUCAUUAGUCUUCAGGAAUUGAGAUUUUACAUUGUCUUAUUUUAAUUUUUUAAGUCCUUUUAUCAUCUCUGAAACCUUUCUGUUCUGCUUGGUUCUGAGUAUAUUUGAAGUCAAACUGAUUAUUUUGAUCAUGCCCAAAACACAUUGGCCUAGCAGAGGUAGGCCUUAUUUUUUCUGCUUAACAGUGUCCCAUGCACAUGCUCUUUGGAGCAUAUACGUGUUUAAAGUUGAAUAAAUGAAGAUCAAAAAUGU